UCGUGCAAAAAUAUGCAACAAGUCAAGUCAGUCUAAAUUGAGAAGACCCUGGUGGCAAGAACUGUAUUCCAACUGGGAACAUCCUAUUUAAAUUAACACCUGAAUCUGGAUCCAAACCCGAUCGCGCAUUUGGCCCUUGUAAGCUCAACAUGGAAAAAUUCUAUUUCACACUGUUACAUGCUUAUAAGGCUAUUGUAUUAGAUUUCUACAUAUUACUCCGAGCUAGCUUUCCUACAAAUUUUGUGAAUCUGGAUCCUAUCCAGAGUGGCCAAAUCGCAAAAAUGUAAACAGGGAUAAGCCUUUUCAACAUCUUCAAAUCUGGACAGGUCUAUACAAGUCGAAGGUAUUUUACGUCUAAGUGCCCUUAAUCCAGAUCCAUUCUAGAUUGCUCGAGUAGCAACAAUGCUACUUCUUAAUUAAAUUCUAAUUAACAUAUCCAAUAUUAAGAAGGAAUAUAGUUGCAAGGUAUUUCCCACCUGCUCUGAAAUUAGGCCUGAUCCAGGCUGCGCGUCAAUUCAACAGGGGAAAUCAUGUUUAACAUCUUCACAUGCUUGUGUCUACUCUAUUGCGUAGAGAUAUUCUCCCAAGAUACUUUCCCCACACGUGAUCUGAAUUUAGAUGCGAACCAGAUCCUACAGCGUUGUAAACUCAAACUUCAAUGUGUGUCGGAUGAGGUUGCGACUGUGCUCGUGUACACCCUUAAUAGACAAACGAAACAAUGUGGAAUAGUGUCGUGUGUCGCUAUAUUUGGACUUCUUAGCCUUGACGCAGACCCGCUUUUGGGCUUAAUUUUUGUUGUUGCAACCCUCCUCUUCAGCAAGUAACAAAUAGGUUUGGUGGAACAGAGUAAUGUGCAAAUCCAGCCCUCGCGGACCGACAGCUAAUCAAUAGCUAGCUAGCGGUGGCCUCUGUAUGGAUCCUCUGCUGGCUUUGAGCCUGUUUGGAGUCAACCGGUGCCAUUAUUCACAGAAGCCACUCACACAUACAUCAACUUGUUAAGAGGACAAACAUGACCUAGGAAGGAAGCUGAAUUAGCACCGAUUGGCAAUCUAGUCCAUGACGUCUUUUGACUGACUUAUACGAAACAUGGAGUGGCCUCAUCGCCAUCACAAAUAUGCAAGGGCUUACUUGGAACAGGGUGUGUUCAAAACAACCUCAAUGAGCCACAUCAAGUCUCCACUCAAAAAAUAUUACACAACGAUCAGCUCCGGUUCAGUUACGUUGCUUUGUGAACAUAUCAUUGUUGACAACUGCUUGUUUACUCCCACGACAUAAUGAUCAUCGCCAAACAUCAUAGCCCUGUCGGCCUUUAUGAGAUAGGAAAGUUGCCAUCGACAAAGGCAGGAAAGUCUGGAAUUUGUCCGGAUCAGAGAGAGAGAGAGAGAGAGAAAAAAAAUACAACUCAUCAGGAAGCAAUGCGGUGACCCGAUCGCGUCAAAGAAGACGAAGAAGUCUCGUUACGGCGGGCAACAGUGUGACGCAGAGUCAUGCCAAAUGGAGAGUAAAAUUAAGCUGCCAAUACGCUCCUGCCUGUCGAAUCUGCAACUGCAACACUUCCGGGAGAUUUACCGGGUGGGAAAUCGCCGACAUCACGUGCUUUGCAUCCGUGACGGCUGGCUGGAUUUCUGCCUGACAUGUGUGGAGGAGACGCAACGUAAACUAUUCGGCGUUAAUUCCAAGACUCGAUUGAGAGACUCAAAAGCGCCGGGGAUGUCUGGAAAACAGGCAAAGGGUUUCCUAAAAGGAGGCAAAGAGGAGGUGGAAGACAGAAAAGAAGAUGAGAGACAUUGCGACGAGAUGGAGAAACGAGGAAAUCGGGAGGGGGAGGAGAAAGACAACGACAAUCAGGAGAACAAAGUGAGUAAUCAUGAGGAGGAGAAAAAGAGCGACAGCGAGGAAAGGGAGAAUCUCCAAGGGGAGCAAAUUGACUGGGUCAAGGAGAAGAAAAUGAAGCGAAAGGAGGACUCGGAGCAGGAGAGGAACCGAGGGAAGGACGAGAACAACUGCAAAGUGGAGGAGGAGAAAAGCAUCGAUCACAAUGAGAAGGACAAAGAGGUUAACCAGGAAGAGAAGGAAGUAAAGGGUUACGACGUGGAGGACGAGCAGGAUCGCUCGAUGGGAGAGGAGAAUGAGAGUGAUCAUGUUGAGGAGACGAAAAAGGACCAGAAGGAGGACAAAGAGGGAGCUCGCAAGGAACAGGAGAAAACAAUCAACCGGGAGGGAGGUGAGAAAAUGAAAGAGGAGAUUAGCUGGUUGAACGAGGAGACAGAUUGUCAUCACAAAGAGGAGAUGGAGACUGACCGUGAAAACAAAGUGAGAAACACCAACCGGGAGGAGGAGGAGGAGAAAUGGAACGAUCAAGAGGAAAAGACCGACUUGCCGGAAGAGGAGGAAGGGAGCGUUCGUAAUGAGGAGGAGGAACAGAAUGACCAGGAGGUGGUGGAGAACAAAGAAAGUGAUGAUGAAAAGGAGGAGAAAAGAAACCAGGAGAUGUCUGACCAGGAGAAAGAGGAAAUAAGGAGUUGCGAUGAGGAGGAACAAAGUGACCAAGAGGAGGAAACCAACCGGGAGGAGGAGAAAGGGCGUGAUCAUGAAGCUGAGGAGAAAAUGAUUGACCCAGAGGAGGAGGAGGAGAAGCAGUUCAAGAUAGAGAGUGACCAUGCGGAGGAGGAGAAAAAGAGCAACCAGGAGGAGGAGAAGAAUGUGACUUAUCAUAACGAGGAAGAGAAAAAGAGUGACUGGGAGGAGAAAAAAGAGAAUUAUGAAGAGGAGAAAAGGAAUGACAAAGAGAAGCAGACUGACCGUCUGAAGGAGAAGACAGAGAGUGAUCACAAUGAAGGGAAGACAAUCGAUGAUCGGGAGGAGGCCAAUCAUCAUAAUGAGAAGACGGAACAGACAGAGGAGAAAAGAAAUGAUCGGGAGCAGGAAAUUUUGCAGGUGAAUGGGGAGACGGGUGACCAGGAGGAGGAGCUGAAGAAUGAUAGUAACCAUGACGUGGAGGACAAACGGAGCGACCAACACACGGAGGUGAAAGGAAGUGAGCAACAGCAACAGAAAAAGAAUGAUCGGGAGCAAGUCGAGGAGCCACGAGAGGAGGAAAAGAAUGACGAGGAGGAAGAAGAGAAAACAAACGACAAAGAGGAGGAGACUCGCUGGUUGACAGAGAAGAAAGAGAGCGAUGACGAUAAAAAGAAGAAAAAUAACGAGCGGGCCAAUCGUCAUGAAGAUGAAGAGAAAAUGAAUGAGGAGGAGAAAAGAAAUUACAGAGAAGAGGAGCUUGACCGGGUGAAGGGGGACCAAGGUGACCAGGAAGAUGAGCCGAAGAAAGAGAGUAGUCAUGACGAAGUGGGUGAGAUAGAAAUCCACCCGCAGGAGGAGGAGAAAGGAAAGGAGGAAAAGAGUGACAAGGAGAAGAUAAGAAAUGGCCGAGAUGAGGACAUGGACUGGAUGAAAGAAGAGAAAGGGAGUGAACAUAAUGAGGAGGAGGGUGAACAAGAAGGGGAGUGGGAGGAAAAACAGGGUGAUGGCGAAGAAGAAAAGAAAGACCAGGAGAAGGAAAGAAGAAAUGACCAAGAGGAGGAGAGUGACUUGGUCAAGGAAGAGGAAAGGAAGGAUCGCAGCCAAGAGGAGAAAAGGGCCGACCAGGAGAAGAAGGAAGGAGGUGAUUAUUUCGGAGAGAACAAGAAUGAGCAGGAGGGCAAAUGGAGAUACAUCGAAGAGACGAGCCGAGAGGCGGGGUUUGACUGGAUGACGGAGGACAAAGCAGGUGAUCAUAUUGAGAAGAUGAAGGAGGAGCGGGAGGACAGGGAAAGUAGUCCUGAAGACCAAAAGAAGAAGAAUGCACCGGAGGACGUGAAAAUAAGGAGUUGCGAGGAGGAGGAGGAGGAGAUUGACUGGGGGAAGGAAGAGAAAAAUGGAAACCCGCAGGAGGGAGGCGGUGAUCACGAAAAGCCGAAAAAGAGCAACCCGGAAGAGGACGAAAGGAACGACCGGGACGAGAUUGACUGGAUGAAGGAGGAGAAAAGGAGUGACUACGGCGAGGAGAUAAAAAACGGCAAAAAAGAAGAACAGAAAAGGAUUGACCAGGAAGAGAAGAUUGACUGGAUGGAGGAGGACCACAGAAGUGAUGACAGGGAGGCGGAGAAAAGUGACCAGCAGGAGGCAAAAGUCAGCGAUGACGAUGAAGAGGAGGAAAAGGGCAACUCUGAGGUGGAGAAGAAACGGAGCGACCGAGAGGAGGAAACCGACUGGAUGAAAGAGGAGCAAGCGAGUUCCUGCGUCAACCAAAAGAAGAAACGAGAGGAGAAAGAGUCUUCUCUCGAAGACCACGAGGAGGAGAAAUGCGAUGACCAAGAGGAGAAUCUUGACUGCCUGAUGGAAGAGGAACGCAUUGAACAGAAUGAGGAGGAGGAGCGGGAGGAUGAGGAGAGUAGUCGCGAAGAGGAGGAGGAGACGAAUGAACAGCAGAAGGAUGAGGAGGAGGGAAGGAGUGAUGAUGAUGAUGAAGAGGAGAAAAAGUCCGAAGAGAAAGCGGGCGAUCGUGAAGAGGAGAAGAGGAGCCGCCAGGAGGAGGAGAACAAAAGCAAUGAGAGCACUGCGAAGGAGAAGAGGACCCAGAAGAAGGUGCAAGACGGGAGUUAUGAGAAGGGGGAGCAAAGAAGGACCGUCCGAGAGGCGGAGCUAAACUGGGUCGAGGAGGAAGAGGGCGAUCACGGAGAUGAGGAGAUGAACGACCAGAAGGAGGUUGAGAAAGGGAACGACCAGCAGGAGGAAGCUGGCGGGUGGAGGGAGGGGAAAGGGACUGAAGAUGUUGAGGAGAAAAUGGUUGACCAAGACGAGGAGCUGGAGGAGAAGGGUGAUGAUCAUGCAGGCGGAGAGGAGGAGGAGGAGGAGGAGAAUGUGAGUUGCAAGGAGGAGAAGAGGAUGAAGAUGACGGAGAAUAACUGGAUAAAAGAAGAGAAUGAGGAGGGGUCUGUUCAUGUUGUGCAGGACAAAAUGGUUGACCAGGAGGAGAAACAAGAGGAGAAGGGGAGCGGUUAUGAAGAAGAAGACAGCAGAAAAGAGGAAGAGGACAAGAGAAUCCGUCACAAUUUGGAGAAACGGGAAGACCAAACGGAGGAGACCGAGUGGAUGGGAGAGGAGAAAGAAAAUAAUCAUGAAGAGGAGAAAAUGAGCACUCGGGAAAAGGAGGAGGAGGAAGGUGAUCAUGAAGAUGAGAAGAUGAAUGAGCAGGAGGAGGAGGUUGUCCGCAUCAGGGAAGAGAAUAGGAGGAGUGAUCAAAAGCAGGACCAGGAGGAAGGGGAGAAAAUGUGUUGUGAGAAAAACUACUGUGGGCAGCUCGAGAAAAAAAAGGCUGACCUGGACGAGGAGGAAGAAAAGAAGGACCAAGAUGAGGAACAGGAAAACGAGAGUUCUCACGCGAAGGAGCAUGAGAAAGCUGAGGAGGAAAAAGACCGUGACGAGGGGGGAAGGUGCCACAAGGAAAAGAAACGCCGUGACCAAAACGAGGAGGAACCGAGCUCCCGGGAGGAGAACAUGAAUUACCAUGAGGAGGACCAGCAAGAGGAGGAGAAAAAGAGUGACCCGGAGGAGAGUGGCCCGGAGGAGAAAAAAAAGGACAAGGAGAAAGAAAACGACCCAGACGGGGAUGAGAGCAACCAGGCGGGGGAGGCGGGCGAAGCGGAAGAGACCAAGGAAGAGAAUGACAACGAGGAAGAGAGUAACCGGGAGGAGGAGGAAGGGAGCGACGAUGGCGAGGAGGGGAAAGAAAGUGACAACGAGGAGGAGAGUGACCGGGACGAUGACGAGGAGGACAGCGACGACGAUGACGACGACGCGGACGACGACACUGAUAAUGAGGAGGAGGAGGAGACGGACAAAGAGGACGACGACGACGACGAGAGCGACAGCGAGGAGGAAAGUGAUCGCGAGCGGGACAGUGGCAGCGAGGAGGACAGCAGUCAGGAGGAAGGGGAAGACGGUGGCCAAGAGAAGAAGAAGAGGAAGGAGGAGGAGGAGGAGGGCACAGACAAGAAGGAUCGGGAGAAGGCCCCGGAGGCGGCGGAAGACGAGGGCGAGGCGAUGGACGUCGACCAGAGUUACGUUCAGGAAGCGAUGGGAAGACAAAGCAACACCAAAGCAAUGGGCGACCACGACAAGGAAAGCGACCUCGAGGAGGUGCCCGUGGAUGAGGGCGAGGAGAGAGAACGGGAGGCGCUGGGUGGUCAUGAGGGGCAGGAGGUACAGAGCAAUGAGGAGGCGCUGGAUGACCACCAGGAGGAGGAAGCGAGCAAAGAGAAGUUUGGUUGCCAUGAGGAGGAGGACCAAUCGAGUGAUGGGGAGCCCAGAGACCUGUCAGGCGGGAAGAUCGGAGUGGCCGGGAGGAGAACCGGGGAAGUGUGCGUGAUGACGGACGGGCGUGACGAGGAGGAGCAGGUGGUAGAGGAGGAGAAAAAGACUCCAAGGAGAUCAUGGGGUCAAAGGUGA